GCUCUUCAGCUUCCUUCCCAUUCUCGUCUUCUUGAAAAGACCGACAUUAAUUUUCUCUCUGUCGAACCAAACGCCUGACAUGUCGGCGGCAUGCAUUUCCCGGCGAAACCUCCCCUUUCUCUUUCUGCUCUAUCUUCUCUGCCUCUUCUUCGUCGCCAACUCCGACGAGCUCCAAGUCUUGUUAAAUAUCAAAACCGCCCUCUCAAAUUCAAACACCAACAUAUUUGAUUCCUGGGAAUCGAAUAAUAGUAUAUGUAACUUCGCAGGAAUCGCUUGCAAUUUGGACGGCUCUGUCAAAGAAAUCGAGCUCUCCAAACAACAUCUAACCGGUUUGGUUCCUUUCGAUUCCAUAUGCGAACUCCAAUCAUUGGAAAAGCUUUCCCUCGGGAAAAAUUUGUUGUACGGACAUGUCACGGAGGAUUUGAACAUGUGUGUGGGGCUGAAGUACUUGGAUCUUGGCUUCAAUUUCUUCUCUGGGUCAUUUCCAGAUAUUUCUUCGAUGAAUGGACUGGUUUAUUUGUACGCAAAUGCUAGUGGAUUUUCAGGAACUUUUCCAUGGAAUUCGCUGGAAAAUAUGACAGGUCUUGUUGGGUUGAGCCUCGGAGACAACCCUUUUGAUCGGACUCCAUUUCCGAAAGAAUUGGUGAAGCUUACGAAACUGAAUUGGAUUUAUCUGACAAAUUGUAGUAUUGAAGGGCAAAUUCCGAAGGAAAUUGGAAAUCUCAGCGAGCUUAUUGAGUUAGAGCUGUCGCAAAAUUAUAUUUCCGGUGAAAUUCCGGUGGAGAUUACGAAGCUUGGGAAGCUAUGGCAGCUUGAGCUCUAUGAAAACAAUUUGACCGGAACACUUCCGGUUGGGUUUGGGAAGCUUACGAGUCUUGAAAUGUUUGAUGCUUCGUAUAAUCAUCUUUAUGGCGAUCUUUCGGAGUUGCGGUUCUUGAAUCAAUUGGUGAGUUUACAGCUUGCUCACAAUCAGUUUUCCGGCGAAAUACCACAGGAGCUUGGGGAAUUCAAAAGGCUCGUGAACGUCUCGCUGUAUGGUAACAAUCUUAAGGGUUCGCUUCCGCAGAAGCUUGGUUCAUGGGCGAACUUCGACUUUAUUGACGUCUCGGAGAAUUUUCUGACGGGUCCGAUCCCACCAGAAAUGUGCAAGAAGGGAACGAUGACUCAGCUCCUGAUGCUCCAGAACAACUUUACCGGUGGAAUUCCGGCGAGUUACGCGAAUUGUACGACGUUAACGCGCUUCAGGGUGAGUAAGAAUUCACUUACCGGUGUGGUUCCUAGCGGAAUUUGGGGACUGCCAAAUGCUGAAAUUAUUGACAUUGCGAUGAAUGAAUUGGAAGGGCCUAUAACUUCCGACAUUGAAUAUGCAAAGUCUUUGGCUCAAUUAAUUGUUUCUAAUAACCGGUUAUCCGGUAAAUUGCCGCCGGAGAUUUCAAAAUCUUCGGCCUUGAUUUUAAUUGAUUUGGGUAACAAUCAAUUUUCCGGUGAAAUCCCAACAACAAUUGGGGAACUAAAGCAGCUUAGCAGUCUUCAUUUAGAGGACAAUAUUCUUUCUGGUUCAAUCCCGGUCUCAUUAGGCUUUUGUGGUUCUCUAAGCGACAUAAACAUGGCACACAAUUCGCUCUCCGGCGAAAUUCCAUCGUCUCUCGGGUCUUUACCGGCUCUCAACUCCUUAAAUUUGUCGGAUAAUCAACUCUCCGGUCGAAUUCCGGCAAGAAUGUCAUCUCUAAAGUUAAGCCUUCUUGAUCUUACCAACAACAGGUUGACCGGUCCUAUUCCCAAAUCCCUUUCAGUUGGAGCCUACAAUGGUAGUUUUGCAGGAAAUGAUGGUCUUUGUAGUAAGAACAUCAAGUAUAUUCGAAGGUGUUCUUCAGAAUCCGGGCGGUCUGGGAAGCUCAAUACGCUUAUCGUGUGCUUUACGAUGGGUGCAAUGGCCAUGCUUGUGUCACUUGGAUGUUUCUUGUACUUAAAGAAGAGUCAAAAACACCAUGAACGUUCAUGGAAGGAAGAUUCUUGGGAUGUCAAAUCUUUCCAUCUGUUGAGCUUCACAGAAGAGGAGAUUCUUGAUUCAGUCAAGCAAGAGAAUUUAAUAGGAAAAGGUGGCUCAGGAAAUGUGUAUAAAGUUGUACUAGCUAAUGGUAAACAACUAGCAGUGAAACACAUUUGGAACUCCCAUCAUUCCAGUAGCCGGAAAAAGCUAGGUAGUACUACUCCGAUGCUGACAAAACGUGGUGGGAAGUCCCGUGAAUUUGAUGCCGAGGUACAAACAUUGAGCUCAAUAAGGCACGUUAAUGUGGUGAAGUUGUACUGCAGCAUUACUAGCGAGGACUCGAGCUUGUUGGUGUAUGAAUAUUUGCCAAAUGGGAGUUUAUGGGAUCGAUUGCACACAAAUAGAAAGAUGGUGUUGGAUUGGGAGACGAGGUAUGACAUAGCUCUGGGUGCAGCGAAAGGAUUGGAAUAUUUGCAUCAUGGAUGCGAGAGGCCGGUGAUUCACAGGGAUGUCAAGUCUAGCAACAUUCUGUUGGAUGAGUUUUUGAAGCCCAGGAUUGCUGAUUUUGGGCUUGCUAAGAUUGAUCAGGCCAAUGUAAGCAAGGAUUCAACGCAUGUUAUCGCAGGAACAUAUGGAUAUAUUGCCCCCGAAUAUGGAUACACUAUCAAAGUUAAUGAGAAGAGCGAUGUGUAUAGUUUUGGGGUGGUUUUGAUGGAGCUUGUGACUGGAAAAAGACCGAUUGAGCCGGAGUAUGGAGAGAACAAGGACAUACUGAAUUGGGUUUGCAGCAAGAUGACGAGCAAAGAGAGUGUUUUAAGCUUGGUGGACUCAACUAUCCCAGAAGCUUACAAAGAAGAGGCUAUCAAGGUUUUGAAAAUAGCCAUUCUGUGCACGUCAAGGCUUCCAGUGCUGAGGCCUACCAUGAGAACAGUAGUUCAUAUGCUGGAAGAUGCUGAGCCUUGUAAAUUAGUUGGCAUCAAGGUGACUAAAGAUGGUGGUAGCGAGAAAGAUGAAUUGAGGGACAAACAACAGAAAAUAUAAAUCCGAGCCCUUGAUGAUCGGAGAAUGGUCAUUUUGGGUGGAGAUUUUUGGUUCAUCCCACAAAAUCUUUUGUGGGCGCUUGUACAGAUUGUAGUACUCUCAUCUUGAAACCUGAGAUCACCAUUGUAGUUUACUAGCUAGAGCCUUUGUAAUAUUUUGUUUGUCACUCGUAUGAAGUACGAUGAAGCCCCCACUGCAUUUUGUUAUUGGUGUUUGUUUACCUUUCUUUGUAUCCUGGGUUAAGAAGUGUAAUGUUUUGGCACUUGAAUGAAGUAUGAUGAAGUGCCCAAUCGAUUUUAUACUAUUUUACAGGCAUACUUGGGAAGAGAAUGCUUGCCCCAAAUGGAUGUUAUUGGUGUUUGUU